CCUAAGCGUCACCCUUUCCGCAUCUGGCUCAGCCGGUCUGUCUAUAAAAACCACGUCGGCGACACCCUAGCGCCUUUCGUUCCUGGCGUCUGAGAAGAGAAAGAUGUAUCGAUUCCGCUCACGGGCAUCCACGGGGUUUUCUGCCGCUGCUAGAGCUUUACCUAUCGCUUGCCUUCCUCAAUCAUAUCCGCUGCCUCGGUCCGGGAAGCCGGCCUCACAAAGACGUUUCUAUAGUAAAAAGCGCUCCUGCUCUUCCAUCGGCUGAUUGACGCUGCCGCUCCAGAAGCUAAGAGAAAAAAGAAUCUAGGCCGGAGACCGAGAUCCCGGUGCGGGAGCGCCAGGAGAAGCCGCGCGGAGUCGUUGUUGGCACAGGCCGCAGCUAUGCCCAAGUCGAGGCGCCGAGGAGGGGGGAACCCGCGCGGAUCAUCAGGUGCCCAGCACAGAAACAUGCAGCCUUUUAGUGAUGAAGAUGCAUCUAUUGAAACUAUGAGCCACUGCAGUGGCAUCAGCGAUCCGGCUAGCUUCACUGAGGAUGUGCCUGAAAUUGAUGAAGAAGCAACACAAGAAGAACUUGAGUACAAACUGAAGGGGCUCAUUGAUCUUACACAGGAGAAGAGUGCAAAGACUAGGCAGUCAGCUCUGGAAAGCCUUAAAAAUGCCUUGACAUCUAAAAUACUGUAUGAGUUCAUCUUGGAAAGGAGAAUGACACUAACAGAUAGCAUUGAACGCUGCAUAAAGAAAGGCAAGAGUGAUGAGCAGCGUGCAGCAGCCGGACUGGCUUGUCUACUUUGUGUGCAGCUGGGCUCAGGGAUUGAAAGUGAAGAGAUCUUUAAGACUCUUGCGCCAGUACUGAAGAAAAUCCUUUCUGAUGGAGCAGCAAGUGUACAAGCAAGGCAAGCUUGUGCUACCUGUUUAGGAUUAUGUUGCUUUAUUGCUGCUGAUGACAUUACAGAAUUGUAUUCAACUAUGGAAUGCCUGGAAAAUAUUUUCACCAAAUCCUACCCAAAAGAAAGAAAUUCAAAUGGAAUUUCCAGCACCCAGAACACAGUUCUUCAUAUCAGUGCCCUGUUGGCAUGGACCCUUCUGUUGACCAUCUGCCCAAUGAAUGAAGUAAAGAAAAAGCUUGAAAUGCAUUUGCAUAAAUGCCCUCUUCUGUUGUCCUGUGAUGAUGUAAACAUGAGGAUUGCUGCUGGGGAAACACUUGCCCUUCUCUUUGAACUAGCAAGAGAAACAGAUGGGGAUUUCUUUUAUGAAGAUAUGGAACCUCUAACACAGAAAUUAAAAGCUCUGGCUACAGAUGGGAAUAAGCACCGUGCUAAGGUAGACAAACGAAAACAGCGCUCUGUCUUCAGAGAUGUCUUGCGAGCUGUAGAGGAGCAUGACUUCCCUACAGAAACUGUCAAAUUUGGACCUGAGCGUAUGUACAUUGACUGCUGGGUUAAAAAACAAACCUAUGAUACUUUCAAGGAAAUCCUAGGAUCGGGAAUGCAAUAUCACUUGCAGUCCAACGAGCUUCUUCGGAAUGUCUUUGAACUUGGGCCUCCACUGGUGCUUGAUGAGACAACUCUUAAAACCAUGAAGAUACCCCGUUUUGAAAGGCACCUGUACAAUUCUGCAGCAUUCAAAGCAAGGACCAAGGCCAGAAGCAAAUGCCGUGAUAAAAGAGCAGAUGUUGGUGAAGUGUUCUAGACAUUUCAAGACCUCGGACUUGAUUUCUGUUAAAUUUACUUCCUUUAAGUGUAAUUAUUGCUUUGUUCAAAAUGAAAUGGAGGCUUUUAAUACUGUUGUAGGUAUCUUGUGCAUGCAGAUUAAAUUGCUGUGAUGUAGGUUAUUGAAUAGAUAGAUGUGUUCUGUGAGUUGAACAAAGUGCAGGGAGAGAAAUAUAAAAAUCUGGGAGGGAAGCUUCAGGGUGGGCAAGAGUGGCUCAUAAAUUUGGCAUUCUUGCAGUGCAUCAGUCACAUAGCACUUGGGACUGUUUUGAUUCAGUUCGUCAUUUUUAGCACUAAUGAAAUAGGUGAAAACUGUUCUGCAAAGUAAAUGUGUCUCUAGACCAAGCUGCUAUUUAGAUAGGUAACUAAACAUUUUAAAUCAUACAGUGACUUUAUACCUUGCAGGGCUCCUAAAUCCCUGUUUAAGGGCCCUUAAAAUGAAGUGACACAAAAAUAUUUGAAGGUCAAUAUUAUGUUAAAUCUUGGAAAAUAAAGUCUUUCUCUGAAAACUG